AGAGGAGGAGGACGUGAACGGAAGGGAGGCAGAAAGCAGGAGAAAAGCUGAGCUGUCCGCACGCUGUUUUUGGAGUCGUGCGUAAAAGCGCGAAGCAAAGUGAGAUUAACUGGAUAAACACAGAUUCUGUUUUCCUUUUUUUCCCUCUGCCUUGGACACGUUCCUGCUGCUGGAGUGUAGUGUAGGAAGAGGGUGAGCCAAGCGUUGUGGAAACCCUCUCUGAUUGUCCCUUUUUUCUUUUGCGUUUUUUACGCUUGGAAAUUACUGGAACUUCUAGUUUUUUUUUGGACGCUAAACCGAACGAGGAAACGUUAAAUGCAAAUGAGGGUAGGUGACUACCGCGCUUUUGUUCAACAUCUAAAAGACACUUGAAACGCUGGCUUCUCUUUCCCCCACAUUGCAUAGUAGGCUGUGCUGUUUGGUUCACUGAAAUGUGAGACAGUGGUGAAGUCGGUACAUGACAAACCGCUGCAUCCAGCUGUUUUCUGUUUGCCAAUAUCGUAACCAUCCAUUCACGCCUUUUUCUUGUCGGGAUCGGACGUGCUGAGAAAACUUUUUAAGAAUGAAGAGGAGAAAAUUCACGUCUCUGUUUUGUGGUUCCGCCGUGUGCUGAAGUGGAUCUGUGUUGUUAUUUCAGAGGUUUCCCAGCCUUCAUGUCGAGCAGGCAGGAGAGCUGACAUGCGCCUGGAUCGGGGAUACGGUGCGGUGACAUAUGAUUAACAGAAAGUUGUGAAAUCGCCUGAUUACCGAGCUGAUAAGUGAAUGAUUCAGACAACCAGAGCCGGUGAGGAAACGAGCGCUGUGCCUGCGUGUGCGCCGUGAAACGCCGCUUUUCAGCUCAACCACUCCAAGGACUCGGGUUUAUUUGAUUUUAUUUUUUAAUUUUGCGAGGAGAGGAGCGUCUCCGGAGCCGAUAUGGAGGAGUGGAGACAAUGUGGACGCUGGUUGAUAGACUGCAAGGUCCUGCCCCCGAACCACCGGGUCGUGUGGCCCUCGGCGGCCGUGUUCGACUUGGCACAGGCCCUGCGAGACGGGGUACUGCUGUGCCAGAUGUUGCACAACCUCUCCCCCGGAUCGGUGGACCUGAAGGAGAUCAAUUUCAGGCCCCAGAUGUCACAGUUCCUGUGUUUGAAGAACAUCCGGACAUUUCUCAAGGUGUGCCACGACAAGUUUGGGCUGCGCAACAGCGAACUGUUCGACCCUUUCGACCUUUUCGACGUCAGAGACUUCGGCAAGGUGAUCUCCGCUCUGUCGAGGAUCUCCCACCACAGCAUCGCACAAAUCAAAGGCAUCAGGCCUUUUCCGUCGGAGGACACAGCUCUGAACGAGGAUGAUGUGUACCGGAGCCUGGAGGAGUUGGCAGACGAACACGACUUGGGCGAGGAUGACAUCUACGACUGCGUGCCAUGCGAGGACGACGGCGACGACAUCUACGAGGACAUCAUUAAGGUGGAAGUACGACAACCCAUGAAAAUGGGUAUGACAGAAGAUGACAAGAGAAACUGCUGCUUAGUGGAGAUCCAGGAAACUGAAGCCAAGUAUUACAAGACUUUAGAGGACAUCGAGAAGAACUACAUGAUCCCAUUGAAGCAAUACUUGAGUCCCCAAGACAUGGAGGCUAUCUUCGUCAACCUUGAGGAUGUUAUCAAAGUCCAUUACGCCCUCCUGCGAGCCAUCGACCUCAGCAUGGUCAGCGGAGGAAGUGGCCUGGGGAAGAUCUUCCUCGACUUUAAAGAAAGGUUGUUGAUCUAUGGUCAGUACUGCAGCCACAUGGAAAACGCCCAGAAGACACUGGAUGACCUAAUAGCAACACGAGAGGAUGUAAAGAUUAAAGUAGAGGAAUGUACCAUGAAAGUGCAAGAGGGGAAGUUCAAGCUGCAGGACCUUCUGGUUGUUCCCAUGCAGAGGGUGCUGAAGUAUCACCUACUACUGAAGGAGCUUUUGAGUCAUUCGACCGACCGACCCGAGAGACAACAGCUCAAGGAGGCUCUGGCUGCUAUGGAGGACCUGGCCAUGUACAUCAACGAGGUCAAGAGGGACAACGAGACCCUGAAAAAAAUCAGCGAAUUCCAAAGUUCGAUAGAAAAUCUUCAGCAGGUGAAACUGGAGGAAUAUGGGAGGCCAAAGAUAGACGGAGAGCUGAAAGUGUCCUCUAUCCUCAACAGAACAAAGCAGGACCGGUAUAUAUUCUUGUUUGAUAAAGUGGUCAUUGUCUGCAAGAGGAAAGGCUAUAGCUAUGAGCUCAAAGAGAUUAUUGAACUGCAGUCGUAUAAAAUGUCAGAUGACCCCAUGAACAACAGAGACAUGAAAAAGUCGAGUGGAAAAAUGUGGUCUUAUGGUUUCUACCUGAUCCACCUGCAAGGGAAGCAGGGCUUCCAGUUCUUUUGUAAAACUGAGGAGACAAAGAGGAAGUGGAUGGAGCAGUUUGAUAUGGCCAUGUCCAACAUCAAGCCAGAGAGAGCCACGGCCAAUCAGCACAACUUCCAAAUGCACACGUUUGAUAAAAACACCAACUGUCGAGCCUGCAAGAUGCUCUUGAGGGGCAUCUUCUAUCAGGGCUACUACUGCUCUCGCUGUGGAACAGGAGCUCACAAAGAGUGUCUGGAAGUCAUCACCAUCUGUAAAAUCAAUCCUCUAGAUUUGGAACCCGGAAUGUCACCAGGUCCGAAGAUGGUGGCGGUGAGGAACUAUCACGGCACACCGGCGCCUCCGGGGAAGACGCCGCUCUGUUUUCAAACAGGAGAUUUUAUCGAGCUGCUGAAGGGAGAUCCGGACACCACGUGGUGGGAGGGGAGGCUGAUGCAAACACAAAAAAGCGGCUUCUUCCCCAGUUCAUGUGUGAAGCCUUGUUUGGACCCAAAGCCCUUUCAAUCCAGCCGGCAGUCCUCGAGGGAAGCAGACUACUACGGAUAUCCUUGGUUUGCAGGGAACAUGGAGCGCCAGCAGGCAGACAACCUUUUAAAAUCCCACAGCAGUGGGACAUACCUUAUCAGAGAGAGGACAGCCGAGGCGGAGAGGUUCGCCAUCAGCAUCAAAUUCAACGAUGAAGUAAAACACAUCAAAGUCAUCGAAAAAGACAGCUGGAUUCACAUAACCGAGGCAAAAAAGUUUGAAAGUCUUUUGGAGCUGGUGGAGUACUAUCAGACCCAUUCGCUAAAAGAAAGCUUCAAGUUGUUAGAUACCACGUUGAGAUACCCCUACAAGUCGAGAGAACGCUCGCUAACACGGGCCAGCACACGCUCACCAGCAGCCACCUGCGCCUCCUACAACUUCUCCUUCCUCAGUCCGCAGGGCCUCAACUUCUCCUCCUCUCAGAGCUCAGCUCCCUUUUGGUCAGUGUUUACUCCGCGGGUGGUCAGCACAGCCGUGGCCAGGUAUAACUUUGCGGCGAGAGACAUGAGAGAGCUCUCGCUGCGGGAAGGAGACAUCGUCAAAAUCUACAGCAAGAUCGGAGGCGACCAGGGCUGGUGGAAAGGAGAGGCGAAUGGAAGAAUUGGAUGGUUUCCCUCAACCUACGUGGACGAAGAGGGAGUGCAGUAAAGGCUUGUGGAUGCUGCCGGCCCGGCUCCCCUUUAAAUCAGGAACCGUCUACUACUAUCUACUGUUCUCAGAGAAGAUUAUUCACUCUCUCCAGGAAAAAUGACACAAGGAAAACAAACAAACAAACAAAAAAAAGACCUGUUUUUUUGUCGUCGUUUUUGCUGGAUGCUCAUUUUUCUACUUUGUUUCUCUACAAUUAUGCAUCGGCUUUUGUUAUUUCUGUUGUUUUUUUUUUCUCUCGCUGGAUGUCCUGUUUAAUUUCUGUACAGGAAAGAAGAAGAAAAAAAACUGGCUUUGCUGUCUGUCAGCCUCUGCGUGCUCUGCAGAGACUCCACUGAACUGAGGACACAGCAGAAACUGACUGUUGAAAGCUUUACUUUGAGGGAAAAAAAAAAAAAGGAAGGCUCCCCCUUUUUGUUGCAGGUGAAAUAAUUGUACAGUAUAGAUAAUUUAUUGAAUAGAGAUUAUUAUCAUGACUAAUGAUUAUUGUGGGGAAGUUGAUUUAAGCAAAGAAUCGGAUCAUUGAAAAAAAAAAAAAAAAAAACAGAUGCUGUGUUUUCAUGUUGAGAGAUUUUUGCCUUAGUUGUCAUGGUGAUGCCUUGUGGGCUGACACCAGUGGAGGGAAUCGACUUUGUUGACUGGGUUUUCUGCUUUCUCCAUGUAUGCAUGUGCCCAUGUGCGGCCCACAUAAACACAACACAGACACACACCAAUGUACAGUACGGUGCCUUUGAAGAAUUGCUCGUUGCUUUUUCUGAACCUCGACAUUGAGCCGGUAAAGAACGCCGCCAUCCCCUUAAAAAAAAAAACAACAGACGUCCACAUGCAGAGGACUUUAUUACCAGGAAGGGGUGCAACACUCCGGAGACGGCUCGACUUCUGAGCCCUCGGGGGAAAAAAAAACACAAGAUGGAUGGUUUUGACUCCACCUAACCGGAGACCGGAUGGACUCGCAGCUGGAGGAGUUUUGUUUUUUCAAUAGCCAACAACAAUCACGUAUACAGUUCACGUCAGUUGUCGGUGUCAUGAGUCUGUGGGUGCAAACAUCAAAAUAUCCAACUUUUAAAUCUCUGUGUUCAUUGUUUGAUUUUUUUCACACAGAAUUUUUAAUUAUCUGAAGCUAAAUUCAUCUGGUUGGAUCAGUUCUGAUUUUUGCCUUAUUUUAUUUUAUUUUUUUUUUUACAGAUGAUCAGGUUUUUAUUGUUAAUCAUUUCUCACGUGAGAUUUAUGUCCGGUGCUGUGCAGACGAAAUGAAACGGUGUCAGAGGAGUUUUCAUUUUGAAGGAAAUAUUGCGUGCUAACGACACGAAUCCACAGAAGGAGCCCUUAAACCUUUUUUUGUGAUUUUUCUAGGGGUGCGGUGCUUAGUGUUUCCUUUUAUUUCCAGUAAUUUAAUGGUGCCAUAAAUACUUAACAGAUUUAUAGACCGCAGUGUGCUGGCAUACAGCUUUUUUUUUUUUUUUAACUUUCAAGAGCUUAAAUGAACCAGAUCGAUUUCUAAUCCCAGCCCUGCAGAUAUUCAGAUUUUUAUUGACCUUUUUUAGCUCUGCUUUCUUUAAAAAGGUAAGCGCAAAUUUUGUUUACGUGAAAUUUGAUAUACAUUAUAUGACUAACUCUGGCCUUUAACCUUCAUACCUUCACCUUUCAAUAUUGACGCACAUUUGCAUCAGUGCGGCACACAAAAAAGAAAAAAGAAGAAAUGCUCGACUAAAAAUUGGAUUUUAUGCAAAGUCGCUGCUUAAAGUAGCUUAUAAAGUGAAGUCUUCUUGCUGCAAAUAGGUCAAAAAAACAAGUUCAGUCCAUCAAUACGGUUCAAACCGACACUGAGAAGUAAAGUGCAAACACUGAGCACGUCAGCUCUGGCUGGUUCACAAAGACUUACGGCGCAGGAGAUGCUGAUAUGUUUAGUUUCUAAACUUUUUGACUGUCUAUAAUGUGUGUAUAUCGCAAAAAAAAAAAAAAAAAAGGCCAACCGCCCUGGAAAAACACAAAGUCCUACCACUGUGUGAGGGGGACACACAGGAGGCCUCCAUGUUGUCUGGAAUACGAGGGUUUGGAGCGGGUUUUGGGGGGAGGGGAAUCUAGUCGCUUUUUUUAAAAAUGUGGUGGACAAGAACCCAUUGCAUGUGGCUAUUGAUAUUUCAACUCCUGUCAGUUCAUCCUGGAAAAAAUAAGUACUUAAUCGUGUACAUUUUUUUUUUUUUUGAAUGGUUGAGUAUUUCCAAAUGAGGUCUAUCAUGAAAUAAAUAUUUCUCUUUUGAUUUAAA